CUGGUUCUCACCAUUGCCCACUGGCUCUUUUGACCCAGAGCUGUUCUUUGCUUUUUCAGGAAACAAACUGGAUGAAAGUCCAGGGCUGGAACUUCCUCCUUGGUGUGUUUGACAAGGACUGACGUAUCCUGCGCCCUUUGAAUCCCGGAAGGCCAGAACACACCCAACCUGAUUGAUUUCAGUGUCCAGAAUACUUGGAGCUUUAGUAAAAGAAACAGCAAGCAGUAUUUCAACAUGAGAGACCCACUGGCGGACUGUUCGUACAAUAAAGUGUACAAGAGCCUGAAGGAGUUUGCUCAGAAUGGAGAGAAUUUCUGCAAGCAGAUCACUUCUGUUCUUCAGCAAAGGGCUAACCUGGAGAUUAGCUAUGCCAAAGGACUUCAGAAAUUGGCAGUCAAGCUAAGCAAAACCCUGCAGAACACAAACAAAAACUGCCUCAGCACUGCUUGGGCCUGGGCCUCAGAGAGUAUGAAAUCCGCAGCAGACCUACAUCAAAAACUUGGCAAAGCAAUUGAGCUGGAAGCGAUAAAGCCAACGCAUCAAGUCCUGAGUAUGCAGGAGAAGAAGAGAAAGUCUCUUGAUAAUGAAGUGGAAAAGACAGCGAAUCUUGUUAUUAACAACUGGAACCAGCAAAUCAAGGCCAAGAAAAAAUUAAUGACGAGUACCAAGAAGCAUGAGGCACUUUUCCAUCUUGUAGAAAGCUCCAAGCAAUCCAUGAGCCAAAAGGAGAAGCAGAAGCUCCUCAACAAACUGAAAAAAUCAACUGAAAAACUGGAGAAAGAAGAUGAAAGCUACUAUCAAAAAAACAUGGCAGGCUAUUCUACCAGGCUGAAGUGGGAAAGCACACUGGAAAACUGCUACAAGAGCAUGCUGGAGCUGGAGAAGGAAAGAAUUCAACUUUUAUGCAAUAACUUAAACCAGUACAGCCAACACAUUUCUCUUUUUGGACAAACGCUGACCACAUGCCACACACAGAUCCACUGUGCCAUCAGCAAGGUUGAUAUUGAAAAAGACAUCGAGGCUCUAAUGGAAGAAACAGCAAUUCUGUCCACAGAAAACAAAUCUGCGUUCUUACUGACUGACUACUUUGAAGAAGAUCCAAAGAAUACAAUGGAUAAAGAGAGACGGAAGUCUUUAAUAAAACCCAAAUUGCUGAGACUGCAAAGAGACAUUGAAAAGGCCACAAAAGAUAAAGAAGGCCUAGAACAGAAGCUGACUACGCUCUCCAGCACCUCCUCCUUCUCCGAUGCCAAGAGCCACAAAGAUGCAGAGGCCUCAAUGGACGAGAACAGUUUGAAACUAGACCUUUUACAAGCGAACUCCUACAAGCUGUCAUCGGUGUUAGCCGACCUGGAGCAAAGGCCGAAGCCCUGCCACCCUUGCAGCACCUGCAUUUUCAAGUGGAAAGAAAAGGAGCACUCCCAUACUUAUGUAAAAAUAUCCCGGCCUCUUUUGACGAAGAGACUGGAGAGGGCUGCAAGCAAAGCACCUGCGAGCGGACAAAGCAACCCAAGCCCUUCCCCUUCAGGCUCUGAUGUGUCCCCAGCCAGCAACCAUCUUUGCAAGGCCUUGUAUACUUUCCAAGCCAGGCAAGAUGAUGAGUUGAAUUUGGAAAAAGGAGACAUUGUGACCCUACAUGAGAAGAAAGAAGAAGGAUGGUGGUUCGGCUCUUUAAACGGGAAGAAAGGUCACUUUCCUGCUGCCUACGUGGAGGAGCUACCUUCAAAGGCUGGAAACGCAGCUACGCAGGCGUAAACCAGGACUGCAUACACGGGUGGCCUUACACAUUCUGUAAAUAGUGUGCUGCAAAUAAAAAAGGGACAGUUACCACCUUUGAAAGUGCUUCUUG